UGGAAAGGGAUCGGGACCGGGACUGGAAAGGGAUCGGGAUCGGAAAGAGCGGGCCCGGCUGUCCCGAGUAUCGCGACUGUCCCGGAGCUGCGGAGGCAGCGCCGGGCACGAUUAAGAAAAGGACCAGGAGCAGGACAAGGACCAGGACCAAGAGCAGGAGCAAAACCAGAAGCAGGACAAGGACCAGGACCAGGACCAAAAGCAGGACCAGAAUCAGGACCAGGACCAGGAGAAGGACACGGAGCAGGAGCAGGAUCAGGAUCAGGUCAGCGGGCCCGGGGUGUCCGAACGCGGCCGCUCUCGGCGCUGCUGCCGCAGCCGCUCCUGUUGCUCUCCCCGCUCCAUCCCAUCUCAUCCAAAAGCAGCGGGGCUUUUAAACAGACGCUGCUCCUGCGAGUAGAGGGAGGAAAGAUCUGAAGAAAUCCCAGAGGAUGGCUUCUGAUGCCAGUCAUAUGCUGGAAGCAGCUUUGGAGCAAAUGGAUGACAUCAUUGCAGGCACAAAGUCAGCCACAGAGUAUGCUAAUGGUGGUUAUGAUAUUGUGUCACCUGCUCCAUCAGUGUACCUGGGCACAUUUCAAAUUCUGCACCUCCUGGAAGAUCUGAAGAUGGCCCUGGAGAUGCUGGAGGACCCUCAGGAGAAAGAAGCUCUGAGGAACCAAAUCCCAGGGGCCACAGCACUGUGUCUGAGGGAGUGGUUUGAGGAGAACCUGUCACAGGUGAACCAUCAUUCAUCCAAUAAUGAAACUUAUCAAGAAAGGCUGGCACGAUUAGAAGGUGAUAAAGAGUCCCUCAUCCUUCAGGUGAGUGUUCUCACAGACCAGGUGGAAGCUCAAGGAGAGAAAAUCCGGGACUUAGAAAUCUGUCUGGAGGGGCACCAGUUGAAGCUGAAUGCUACAGAAGAAAUGCUCCAACAGGAGCUGCUAAGUCGCACAUCGCUGGAGACUCAGAAAUUAGAUCUGAUGGCUGAAGUUUCAGACCUGAAGAUUAAGCUGGUUGGUAUGGAAAAGGAGCAGAGUGAAUAUGAAGAGAAACAGAACAAAGCUGAGGGUUUGCUACAGGAACUCAGACACCUCAAAAUUAAAGUGGAAGAACUGGAAAACGAAAGAAAUCAGUAUGAGUGGAAAUUGAAAGCAACCAAAGCUGAGAUAGCCCAGCUCCAGGAGCAGCUGGCUCUCAAAGAUGCAGAGAUAGAACGUUUGCAGAGUCAGCUCUCCAGGACCUCCUCAUACACUGAAGUGGCAGAAAGAGAGGAAGUUUAUAGGAGAAGGCUAAAAGAAAAACACCAAGAAGUUCAGAGGUUGAAGAUAGGAAUGGAGACAUUAUUGGCUGCAAAUGAAGAAAAGGACCGUCGGAUAGAGGAGCUGACACUACUGCUAAGCCAGUACAGGAGGGUCAAGGACAUCAUGAUUGCAGCUCAUGGCUCUCCUGUCUCUGGUGGCUGUGAAGAGGAACUUGAGGCAACUUUCAGGAAGUGGAAUCUUCUGAAUAACUCUCAAGGGGAAUUACUGAAAACAGAGGCCUCUGCAGGAGAGUUGCCACCAGCUGUGCUCCCCCCAGUGCCACACAAAAACAUGGAAAUCAGUGGAAGCAGUCCAGUACCUUCAAGUAAUUUAACCUCUCAGCAGGAAGACUCUUUGGAAGUCACAAAUAGGGCUCCACAGAAAAAAAAGUCCAGUAGUUUAGAAGACUUGCAGAGUGAAUCCUUAGAAAAGUAUGUAGAUGGAAAACCAGCACAGCCUGUUGUAGAACAAGAGAGUAAGCCAGUGGGGAAAGGCAGCAAGUACCAGACGCUGCCAGGAAAGCUGCCCCGAGCCCUGCAGAACGGGGAGCAGGGAAUGUACAGCUCCCCAGAGGGAUGUGGCACCAGUGACAACGAUGACAGCAGCGUCCCUGGCCUGAAUCGCGGCAGGAGUGUCAGUGCACCCGUGCUAGGGGAAACAGAGAACAUGGAUGGUACAGUGGUCUCGGAUGACCUCUCACCUUCGGGAACAGAUUCAGGUCCACAAUCUCCAUGGGCUCCAGAAAACAGAAAGAGUCCAAAAGGGAUCAAGAAAAUCUGGGGAAAAAUUCGAAGGACUCAGUCAGGUAACUUCCCUGCAGACGACCUGGGGCUGGCAGAGUUCCGGAGGGGAGGUCUGCGGGCAACAGCUGGACCACGCUUAUCCCGAUCCAAGGACACCAAAGGCCAGAAGAGCGACCACAAUGCCCCCUUUGCUCAGUGGAGCACUGAAAGAGUCUGUAACUGGCUGGAGGACUUUGGCCUGGGCCAGUACGUGAUUUUUGCCCGGCAGUGGGUGACAUCAGGCCACACGCUGUUAACUGCCACUCCUCAGGACAUGGAAAAGGAAAUGGGAAUAAAGCAUCCACUGCACAGGAAGAAAUUGGUUUUGGCCAUUAAAGCUAUAAAUGCAAAGCAAGAUGAGAAGUCUGCACAACUUGAUCAUAUCUGGGUGACACGGUGGCUUGAUGACAUUGGCUUGCCUCAGUACAAAGACCAGUUUCAUGAAUCCAGAGUAGAUGGGAGGAUGUUGCAGUACUUAACUGUGAAUGACCUUCUCUUCCUGAAAGUCACCAGUCAGCUGCAUCACCUGAGUAUUAAAUGUGCCAUUCACGUGCUGCACGUCAACAGCUUCAAUCCCCACUGUCUGCGCAGGAGGCCAGUUGAGGAGAACAACGUCUCUCCUUCCGACGUGGUGCAGUGGUCCAACCACAGGGUGAUGGAAUGGCUCAGAUCAGUGGAUCUGGCAGAAUAUGCACCCAACCUUCGGGGCAGCGGAGUGCACGGGGGCCUGAUCAUCCUGGAACCUCGCUUCAACGGUGACACGCUGGCCAUGCUCCUGAACAUCCCACCCCAAAAGACCCUCCUGCGGCGCCACCUCACCACCAACUUUAACGUGUUAAUUGGGCCAGAGGCACAGCAAGAAAAAAGAGAAACCAUGGAGUCAGCGGCAUACUCACCUCUGACCACCACUGCCAAAGUUCGGCCAAAGAAACUUGGAUUUUCGCAUUUUGGAAACUUAAGGAAAAAGAAGUUUGACGAAUCAACAGACUACAUUUGUCCUUUGGAUACAAGCUCAGCUGCUACAAAUGGUACUUCGAAAAACUACGGUGGCUACAAAGGACUUAGUCCUUUCACUGACAGGGAACUGGAUCAGGUGGGACAGACAGACUGAUGCCAUGCUCAUCUCAUCCUCUCCAUGCAUUCCAAAGCUUGCAAAUAACCAAAUGUUCCCCUAUAACAAACUCUUUGCUACAUCCGCAUGAACUCACAGAGAAAAGUAUUGGCUGUGGACACUGGAAAGAGUUCCAGACUAAGAAUGUUGGGGUUUUUUUAAUCAACAUCAUAAUAAGCUCAUCCACCCUCAAGCCCUUUUUCAGGACUAUGACACCUUUACACUCUGAAGAUCGAGGUAUUUUGUCAAUCAAGGGUGUGCUUGCAGGAAACAUAAGACUUUUGUACUUCUAGCUUUCAUAAUUUUAGUAUGGCACGCUAUUUUAUUUUCAUUAUCUUUAUGGGUGGUUUUUAAUGUAAUAAAUUCAUUUGGACAAACUUGUACAAAGCUAUUGAGUUAUAUUAAAGUACAACUGGAUUGUAUUUUUUAACAGACAGUAAUCAGAGAAUCCAACUGAAUUUUUCUUUCAUGGUGUACAGUGGGGAGUAGUUCUGCUUAGAUAAUAUACAUGAAGACAAUGCAUCAGCAAUGAACAAAUAAACCAAUAGUUAAUUCACUUUUGUAAUGUAGUAGUGAACUUGUGAAUGAAACUGUCUAGACAUCAUACAAAGAAAUGAUGAUAAAACCCAUCAAAUUUUAUUUCAACUUUGCUGUUGUGUAAAGGGAUGUAAACCCUGAAAAACGGAGCGCUCCUGGAGCCUUGUGUGAACUUCAGCAACACACAAGAGCCACACAGAGGCAGCUGGAGUAAACUGGCCUUUCUCCAGUGACAUAGAAACAGUUUAAGCCUAAUAAGAGAAUGGUCACAACCUUGAAAAGACUAACUGUGCAGGUAAUCUUUUCAUUUGCAUGGUUCAGUGCAUCUAACAUCCCAUUUGUGUUCACUGACUAACCGGGGUCUUUUUCCAUGUACUGCUUCUAAACAGGAGAAUCCCAUACCCUGACUAUGAGUGUGGAUGUCCACUUGCUCAGCUAGGGGUUGUGAGGGAAUGCAUUAACUUUGAGCCAAGAAUUGCACUGUGCAGUUGUUCAAGUGUGACAGAAAGCCUGGAUUUUUCUCUAGGAGCAUGCUCUGUCUAUUAAACAUGAUUUCUGAGCAGGAAAUCACAAUGCCCUAGAACUGGUGACAUUCCUAUGAAAAAAAGAGGUGGGAUUGUAUCAAGGACUUCUUGCCUGUGAAAGCCUACCAGAAACAAGUAGUGUCAGACCAUUCAGAAAUUAUUUUUCACUGAUAGUAUCAGUUAAGCUUUUUCUUUUUUCUGUGAAUUAGAGGACAAGUUUAAUGGAAUCAAUGUCUCUUAAUCAGCAUCCAGUCUUCCUAUCAUUAAAUGCAUUUUCACAUACCUUGUAGCAGAGAGGCAUUUUUGUUAAAGAGCUAUUCAACUUACCCCAACUUCAUUUGUCCAGGCACAGAUCCCUCCCAAAGCUGCAUGUAGAGUGAAUAAAAUUGCACAUGCUGUCUGAUUUGAA